UGCGGGGCGGCGUGGCUGCAGCCAUUUGCGGCCUCCAGCUGAUCGCGGGGGUGGGAGCGCGGAUGGGCGCGCCGGGCGGCCCCAUGGAGGGCGGCAGCGGCGGGGUCCCCCCGGCCGGGCCGCUCGGGGUGGCGAGCGAGUCCCCCUCGUGCCCGCUGCCGCCAGGAGGCGAGGUCGCGGCGUGGCCGGCGGAGCCUGACGGGGCGGCCAAGGGAGCGGCGGCCGAGGGCGGGCCGCGGCGGGCUCUGCGGACAGUGUACGUGCGGAGCGAAAGCCCCCAGAGCGGCCCCGAGGCGGGUGCGCUGCAGUGCCUGCUGCGAGCCUGCGAGGCCGAGGGCGCCCACCUCACCUCCGUGCCCUUCGGGGAGCUCGACUUCGGGGAGACGGCAGUGCUGGACGCCUUCUAUGAUGCAGAUGUUGCCAUGGUGGACACGAGUGACGUCUCCAGACAGCCUUCCCUCUUCUACCAUCUUGGAGUCCGCGAAAGCUUCAACAUGGCCAAUAAUGUGAUCCUGUACCAUGACACGGAUGCCAACACUGCCCUUUCAUUGAAGGCAUCUAGUGGCAAUUAUUAUUUCAUCCCGUACAUCCUGACACCGUGUGCUGAUUAUUUCUGCUGCGAGAGUGAUGCCCAGAGGCGAGCCUCGGAGUACAUGCACCCCAACUGGGACACCAUCUUGGGCCCGCUGUGUGUGCCCCUGGUGGACAGGUUCAUUAGCCUCCUCAAGGACAUCCAUGUGACUUCAUGUGUUUAUUACAAAGAAACCCUGUUAAAUGACAUUCGGAAGGCCAGAGAGAAAUACUAAGGCAAUGAUCUGGCAAAGGAGCUGGCUCGGAUCAAACUCCGCUUGGAUAAUACCGAGGUUCUGACCUCAGACAUCGUCAUUAAUUUGCUGCUGUCCUACCGUGAUAUCCAGGACUAUGAUGCAAUGGUGAAGCUGGUAGAAACGCUGGAAAUGAUGCCUACUUGUGAUUUUGCCGAUCAGCAUAACAUUAAAUUCCACUAUGCAUUUGCACUAAAUAGGAGAAACGGUGUGGGCGAUCGGGAGAAGGCUCUUCAGGUCAUGCUCCAGGUUCUGCAGAUCUGUGCCCACCCAGCACCCGACACAUUCUGCCUGUGCGGGAGGAUCUAUAAGGACAUCUUGGACUCAGACUGUAAAGAUGACGCCAGCCGAGACAGCGCCAUUGAAUGGUAUCGCAAAGGGUUUGAGCUGCAGUCAUCUCUCUAUUCUGGAAUUAACCUUGCAAUUUUGCUGUUGGUUGCUGGACAAAAAUUUGAAACUUCCAUGGAACUAAGGAAAAUAGGUGUCCGACUGAACAGUUUGUUGGGAAGGAAAGGUUGCUUGGAGAAAAUGAGCAAUUACUGGGAUGUGGGUCAGUUCUUCAACGUAAGCAUGUUGGCCAAUGAUGUCGGGAAGGCGGUCCAAGCAGCAGAGAAGUUGUUCAAACUGAAGCCUCCAGUCUGGUACCUGCGAUCAUUAGUUCAGAACUUAUUAAUUCAGCGCUUCAAGAAACCCAUUAUCGAACAUUCACCUAGGCAAGAACGGCUUAACUUCUGGUUAGAUAUAAUUUGUGAGGCAACAAACAAAGUUGCUAAUGGACUCAGAUUUCCAGUUCUGGUGAUAGAACCAAUCAAAGUCUACCAGCCUUCUUAUGUGUCUAUAAACAACGAAGCCGAGGAGAGAAUGGUUUCUUUAUGGCAUGUCUCACCCACAGAAAUGAAACAAAUACACAAAUGGAAUUUUACAGCCUCUUCCAUUAGAGGAAUAAGCAUAUCCAAGUUUGAUGAAUGGUGUUGUUUUCUUUACGUCCAUGAUAAUUCUGAUGACUUUCAAAUCUACUUUUCCACUGAAGACCAGUGUAGUAGGUUUUGCUCUUUGGUCAAAGAGAUGAUAACCAACGCGGUGGGCAAUACGGUCGAGCUGGAGGGAGAGGAUGCAGACACGUUAGAGUACGAGUAUGACCAGGAUGCCAAUGGCAAUCGUGUUGUGUUGGGGAAGGGCACAUAUGGGAUCGUGUACGCUGGAAGAGAUCUGAGCAAUCAAGUGUGAAUAGCCAUCAAAGAAGUCCCAGAACGGGAUAGCAGGUACUCUCAGCCCCUGCAUGAGAAGAUAGCUCUGCACAAGUACCUCAAGCACCGCAACAUCGUUCAGUACCUGGGCUCUGUUUCGGAGGACGGCUACAUUAAGAUAUUUAUGGAGCAGAUGCCUGGGAGGAGCCUUUCUGCUCUUUUGUGAUCCAAAUGGGGGCCGAUGAAGGAACCCACGAUCAAGUUUUACACCAAGCAGAUCCUGGAAGGCCUUAACUAUCUCCACGAAAACCAGAUAGUGCACAGAGACAUAAAGGGGGAUAAUGUUCUGGUAAAUACCUACAGUGGAGUGGUGAAAAUUUCCGAUUUUGGAACCUCUAAACGACUUGCAGGAGUGAAUCCAUGUACGGACACUUUUGCAGGCAUGCUACAGUACAUGGCGCCUGAGAUUAUUGACCAGGGACCUCGCGGGUAUGGUUCCCCAGCUGACAUCUGGUCCCUGGGCUGCACCAUCAUUGAGAUGGCAACCAGCAGGCCUCCGUUCCAUGAGCUCGGUAAACCACAGGCAGCAAUGUUCAAAGUGGGGAUGUUUAAGAUCCACCCUGAGAUUCCAGAAGCCCUUUCGGCUGAAGCCAGAGCUUUCAUUUUAACCUGCUUUGAGCCGGACCCCCACAAACGUGUCACAGCGGCUGACCUGCUCAGAGAAGGUUUCUUAAGGCAGGUGAACAAGGGCAAGAAGAACAGAAUUGCUUUCAAGCCCUCAGAAGGUGGCCGGGGCGCUGCCCUGGCCCUACCCAUGCCCAGGGAGCCCAUGGGCAGCAGCAGCAGUGAGCACAGCUCUGUCUCCCCCGACUCGGACGCCCACCCUGACGUGUUCUUCGACAAGGCCUGGGCGCUGCCCUCCAAGGGGUGGCCCAAGCACCCCCUCAGUCACCUGCUCAGUGUCACAGAUGAGAGCUCGGCCUCGGAAGACCGGAGCACGGCCUCUUCCCCGGAGGACAGGGACCCAGGCCUCUUCCUGUUGCGCAAGGACAGCGAGCGCCGCGCCAUCCUGUACAAAAUCCUGUGGAAGGAGCAGAACCAGGUGGCUUCCAACCUGCAGGAGUGCGUGGCCCAGAGUUCAGAAGAGUUGUCUCUCUCAUUUGGCCACAUCAAGCAAAUAAUUGGGAUCCUGAGGGACUUCAUCUGCUCCCCGGAGCACAGGGUGAUGGCAUCGAUCUCAAAGCUUAAGGUAGACCUGGACUUUGACAGCGCAUCCAUCAAUCAGAUUCACCUGGUGCUGUUUGGCUUUCAGGAUGCCGUAAAUAAAAUUUUGAGGAACCACUUAAUUAGGCCCCACUGGAUGUUUGCAAUGGACAACAUCAUCUGCCGGGCGGUACAGGCUGCUGUCACCAUUCUCAUUCCAGAGCUACAGGCACACUUUGAGCCUGCCUCUGAGAUAGAAGGGGUGGAUACAGAUGUGGAUGAGGUGGAAGAGGACUGCCCCUCCACAGACCCACAUGGAAGUGAGGUGCAAGCCGUGCAUGAGGGGAGCAGACCUGGUUCUGCGGUUGUUCUGGAGACCCCACCCCACCAGCAGCAACACCUGAGACUCCAGCUGGGCAAGCUCAGGCAGGAGACCAACAGACUUUUGGAACACCUAGUUCAAAGAGAGCGAGAAUACCAGAAUCUCCUACGGCAAACUCUAGAACAGAAAACUCAAGAAUUGUAUCGUCUUCAGUUACGUUUCAAGUAUAACGCUAUUGCAGAGAACCCAGCACCCCAUCAUAAGUCUCAGGAGAGAACAGAUAAAGAGCUUGUAGAUUGGCUGAAACUGCAUGGAGCAGAUCCUAAUACAAUUGAAAAGAUUGUUGAAGGUUAUACACUUUCUAAUAUUCUUAAUGAUAUCACUAAGGAAGAUCUAAGAUAUCUUAGAUUACGGGGUGGUCUCCUCUGCAGGAUCUGGAAUGCAGUCACCCAGCACAGAAUACAAGCUCAGGAGCCCUCAAAGACCAAAGAUGAGGUUUAAGCACAGUCAAGUAAGCCAUGGGACUGAGUGAGCAAAUCCCCCUUCCCCCAGUCUUUGCUGGUAAAGCAGCUGUUAAUAUACAUACUUUACACAAGAAAUGCAGUUUUAAAAGCUAGCCUAUGUAAAUGGAUUGCUUACCCAUUAUUGAUGCACGUUUUAAAGAUGAGCUGUACAGACUGUGAGCCUUAGUUUUGACAUCCCAGCCUUAGUAUCACAAAAAUCUUAAAAUUGACUUCAAUGAAAAAAAAGAUGAGCACACCCUAUCACACUUGCUAAAAAUGCAAAAGUUUUUGUUAUUUUAAAAGGCUGGAAAACUACGAUGUUAAAUUAUACAUGAUCAUUAACUGGUAUUGCACUUAAAUUUGAGAAAUGUGAUUAAGAAUAUUCCUUGUAUUUAAUGUAAAUAGAAAACUAUUAAGAAAAUAGUUUCGUAUUUAUAUUGAAUUAUAAAUGAAGAAAACUAAACCAUCUGGCCUUUGAAAUGAUUACGAAGAAGUCUUAUUUAACAAUGGCAUUGUCCUUCCACCCCCUGCCCUAAUAAUAAAUAUUGUGUUUUAUU